AUGGCGUCCACUUACAGUCUGUCAGAAUUAACGUUAGUUAAAGCAACUCCAGAACAAGCCAUCAUAACAAACAAGAAUUCUUUUGGUGAAUGGGGAACUCAUUUGUCAUUAGAACAAUAUCUUUCUCGAGAAACUUCACUUGCAUCUCUUCCAUUUACUUCUGAGAAUUUUACAGUUUGGGUCUUAGUUCCUCGCUCAACACCUGAAACAACGACAAAUAUUCUUUCAGCAUGUGAAACAUUCUUACGUCCAGCACUCAUUAUAUCUUCUUCCUUACAAAAACAAAAUUGUUAUAGUAUAGCUUCAGUAUUUACACCACAAGAACAUAGGAAAAAUGGAUAUGCAUCUUACAUGAUGGAAUUGUUGGGAAAGAAAUUAAAAGAGAAUUUCCAAGAAGUUGGGUUUAGUUUUUUAUAUAGUGACGUAGGUCCAGUGUUUUAUAGUCGACAUGGAUGGAAAGUUUUUGAGCACAAAGAAAUUCAAUUUAAUAUUGAAAACGAAAACUUUGAUAGUAUUACAUCCGAAGCCAUUAAUGUAACACAACUAUCUUAUUCGGAUAUCGAAGAAAUUACUAAGUAUGAUUGUUCUUUAAUUGAAAAAGAAAUCGAUUUUAACUCUACCAAAUAUAAAGUCGUUUCAUUACCAACGUUCGAAUGUUUUGAAUGGACAUUCGCGAGAAGCGAAUUUUAUGCAAAAGUUAAAGGCUUCAAAGAACCUAAUAUUUGGGGAGCUAAAGUAACAAAUAAGGAAGAUAAAGUUAUUGGAUUUGUUCUUUGGACUUAUAACUUUAGCGAUAACACUCUCCAAAUAUUAAGGAUUCGAUCUCCAGAUACAAAUACAACUAAAUUAUUAAUCCGACAGGCAAAAUUGUAUGCUAGUUAUUAUAAUUUCAAAAAAAUUACAGUUUGGAACCCUGAUUUAAAAUUAUUCACAGAAACUGUUUUUAUUGAGGGAGGUGAAUUAAUUGAAAGAACAAAAUCUCUCCCUUCGUUAGCUUGGUAUAAUAAUAAAAGUUCUAGUUCUAGUAAAGAUGAUGUGGAAUGGAUUUUAAAUGAGAUGUAUGCCUGGUGUUAA